AUGGCGUGGUGGUGGAUCUUUAUAACGCUUCUAUCGUGCGCUCUCCAAGCAAGAUCAGAUCCUGGCUCGUUUCUCCGCAAGUUCUCCGCGACUUCUCCUGACGGAAGCUGGUUGUGGGGUUGGGUGUGGGGGGCAGAGAGCAGCGUCUCCGUCGUUGAUCGCUCUCCCCCGCUCACCUUCCAUGCGAGGCCCGCUGCAUUCGGCAGGGAAGUCGACGAGCCGCUCCUAGGCUAUGUCAUUCCCUUGUCCGCCUUCACCGUACCCUGCCCCGCGACCGCCAGCGCACACGCAAACGACACCGCAGACGACAUCAUCAACGCUCUGAACAAGGGCUGCCCACCGCUGUGUCUUAUUGGCCCUCAUGAACCUGAUUCGUCGGAGACGUGGAUUGCUUUGGUGCAGCGGGGAGAUUGUCCUUUUGUCGAAAAGGCAAGCCACUUCGCCGUGCGGGAGGCUCAGCGGUUGGGAGCCAAGGCUGUAGUAGUAGGCGGAGAAGACCCUCGUACGAGUGGACUACCUGACAAUCCCAUCACGAUGUACAGCAAAAGCGACGCAUCCGACAUCAUCAUCCCCUCCACCUAUCUUAGGUACGCCGAUUACGCGGAGCUGAACGCUCUCAUCAAGUCAUCUACCACAUGGCACGCCGGGAUACAAACACUUUCUCUCCUCAUUGCUACUCAGUACUCUGCUUGGGAAUGGUACUCUCCCAUAAUUACCUUCAUCGUCAUCCUAAUUUUGCCAUCAUGCUUGACCUUCAUUACACUACUCAUCCACCGUAUUCGCAUGGCCCGAGCAGCUCAGCGAGACCGGGCCCCGGAGGAUUUCGUCAAGAACUUACCAUGGCGUGUCUGGACGGGUACAUCGUGGGAGAAGCACGAAGGGGUCGUCCCCGCAGUGGACCCUUCGACGUCUUCCCCGAAUAACGUUGAUCUGGAAGCUGGAGUUGCGGAGGAAGAGCCUCGACCGCAUCCUUCGACUUCUCGCAGUCAUGAAGAUGACGUUGCGGCGCCAUGGUGCGAGAACCAAGUCGAGUGCGCUAUCUGCUUGUCCGAAUUCGCAAAGGGGGACAAAGUGCGCGAGCUUCCAUGCCAUCACAUCUUCCAUUUGGACGAAGUGGACGCCUGGCUGAUCAACCGCAAGAAGCUGUGUCCCGUUUGCAAAGCGGACGUGACUCAGCCUUGGCAUUUGACUCCUCCAAAACCACAUUCGUCAGCAGAAGCACAACCGGGUGAAGAUGACGCAGCCGGUCAACCGACAGUCACCACGUCUCCUCCGACAGAACGAACACCUCUUCUUCACGCUCACGACCGUAGUAACGCAGAUUCAUGA